AUGUCCUCCAGCUUCCAGCUGUUCCAGUUCGAUGGUGUUUGUCAGACCGUCGCACUGACAUUGUGCCCACUUAUUGGCAAGUCCGAUGGCAUUGAACCCAUUUGUUAUGCAAGAAACGUUGACGUGGCAGGCGUGCUGAUUUUUCAACCAGCCACUUUUAUCAUUGAUAUUGUUGCGUUGUUGAUGACUGGUAUCAUGAUCUACCACAUAAAGACAAAAUACACAGCCGUUGGCCGAAAGGAAAUCACGCUGUUUUUCCAAAUGUAUACCAUGACAGUGAUCACCGAAAUGCUUCUGGUGACGAGCAUCAUUCCAAAGGCAUCGAUUCUAUAUCCCUACUUUACAGCUGUUCAUCUCGGAUUGGUUACAUCAACGCUUUGGUGCUUAUUGAUCAAUGGAUUUUUGGGUAUUCAGUUUGCUGAAGAUGGGACACCUUUGAGUCUUUGGUGGAAUCGGAUAACAACGGGUAUUAUUUUCAUUGUGGUAUCUUCCAUUGCCAUUGCCACAUUCAACAACACAACCGGCCCCUUCAAUUAUGAGUCACCCAUGGCCUUAUGGAUCAUUUACUACUUUAUCAAUGGUGCCUUUGUCACCAUUUACAUUAUUGUCCAGCUAAUCCUUAUUGCGUUUACGUUGGAAGAUCGAUGGCCUUUGGGUGACAUUUUAUUCGGCGCUCUCUUUUUCAUCAUUGGUCAAAUCAGCAUGCAUGCAUUUUCCAUUGGCAUUUGUGAACAUUCAAAACACUACAUGGAUGGAUUGUUCCUUGGCAGUGGAUGUAACUUGCUGGCAGUGAUGAUGGUUUACAAGUACUGGGAUUCUAUCACGGGUGAUGAUCUUGAGUUUGCAUUGGAUUCCAAACCCCAAUAUUGGCAGGUGUUUGAGCCCAUUCAAAAGGAGAAGAAUUAA